UGGAAAUGAAUGAAGAGCCAAUCAGAAAUGGGAUUUUAGUCACAUGACAUGAAAUUCUUUCGAACUUCGAAGCGUUGUGCUUUGAACCUAAUCAUUGUGCUAUGCGAAGUUUUUCAAGAUUUGUGAUUUGUUUGUGUUGUGUAUGUUUAAAAUUCAAAUUUGAUUUGUGGUGGUAAUUUUAUGAGCUCUGCUCUAAGUGAUUCGCCUUCGCGUUGUGUUUGAAAUUUGAAUUCGAUCUGUAAUGACAGUUUUGUGAGCUACAAACGAUUCACGUUGUUUGGAAUUCGAAUUUGAUCUGUAGUAAUAGUUUUGUGUUCACUUUUCAUACCUAGGUAGGCUGUGCGUAGUAAUAAAAACACUAUUCCCUCUCCUUUUUUAAAAAAAAAGCUAUUCGAUUCAGCUUCAAGCAGUGAUUCGCGAUGUGCAUUUGAAAUUCGAAUUCGAGUUGGAGUUGUUAAGUUGUGCACUCAGCACUGAUUCAAAAAUGACGCAGCAAAGGCGGUAUGGAUGCCCUUGGGGAAAGUGCUCGUGCGCCGCAAAGGCCGAGCGCACUGAGUGCAUGUGCGUAAGGUGCCCGUUCAUCACCUACGCAAUCGCGUUUUUGGAACAACACAAGAAAGAACAGGGUAUCGAGGAUGGGAAGUUCUCGCACCGGAAACGAAAGGGCAAAGGGAACGCGCACCUCCACCUGUGUCGCCGAGUUAGUCAAAAGACGAGGGUCAAAAAAAUGCUGAAAACCAUUAGAAUCAAGAAAGUAGCUGCAGCGGCGGCGGCAGCUGCAGCGGAGGCAGAAGCAGCGGCAGCUGCAGCAGAGGCAGAAGCACCAGCAGCGGAGGCGGAGGCGCAGGCAGAAGCAGCGGCAGCGGCAGCUGCAGCAGAGGCAGAAGCAGCGGCAGCAGAGGCAGAAGCAGCAGCAGCGGAGGCGGAGGCAGAAGCAGCGGCAGCAGCAGCGGCAGCUGCAGCAGAGGCAGAAGCAGCUGCAGCGAAGGCAGAAGCAGCGGCAGCAGCUGCGGAGGAAGAAAUCACAUGGCUGAAAACAUUGAGGUCCGAAAUUUCUGUUUUGGUGGAUAAUCUAUGAGUAACCAGCGGGGAAGAAGACGUCAAAACCCAGAGACAGGAGAUUGUUAAGUGUUUUUUUUGAGUUUGUGAAGAUGGACCACCUGGAGAAAAAAUUUGAAAAAAAUACCGAUUAUAGACUUUAUAGUACUUAAUCAUGCAGACAUAUUUUUGAAAGAAUGAAAAAAUGUUGUGUCCUUAAAUUAGGUUCCGAGAUAUGGCGGUUUCGAAUUUUUCCCGGGGGGAGAGGGGGCGAGAGGCCAAAAAUUUUGUAAAAAUUCACGUUGCUAGACUCAUAUCUCCUCUACGUAUUUUAGGUCAAUUCAAAAAUUGUGAUUCGAAACGCGUUGAAGUAUGAUUCCCCUUCCCCCAAAAAGGCGUUUUUUCGCCAUUGUGGGCAUAAGAGGCGGGAGGGAUUGAGCUAUUUUAAGCAAUCUAUAUUAUACUAUUAGGUAGGUAAUCGAAAAAACGAUAGCAUUAAAACUUAUUUAUUAUGUCGAGUAUGUACUGAAGAAAUUUGGGUUUUUAAUUGCUAAUUACUAGUGAUUACCUGUACUAUACUUCAGAUCAAACUGUUAGCAAUAGCAUUUAAGCGUUUUAAAAAUAGGUAAAUAAUAAUCGUCAUUUGUGUUGUAAGUAGUAUGUCUGUACAAAUAAAGUUGUUAUCC